AUGUACUGGUCUGACAUUGAAGUUGACAUACUCGCCGACCGGCCAGGACUGACCUAUGAGCAGGUGCUGCGCGGCGACACCUCCUCCCAUGUGAUUGACAGCUUGGAGGAGGAUAAGAAGUACACUGUCAGUAUCUUUGCUAUCUACCCCCAGGGCCCCAGCCAACCUGUCUCGAUCGUCGGCAAAACACUGAAACUGGUGCCAGUGCAGCAGUUCCUGGUCCAAAACGCCACCACAGACACCGUCCAGGCCCGCUGGGGCUCAGUGAAGGGGGCCACGGGGUAUCGCCUCACCUGGUCCUCCUCAGAGGGCCAUAGAGAGAAUGUGAACCUGGGGGAGACCUUUAACUUCUACAUGAUCCAGGGACUCCACCCAGGCACUGAGUACGCCAUCACCAUCAACCCCAUCUUUGUGGACAUCGAGGGCCCUGUCAUCUCUACCCCAGCCAAGACACUGGAGAGCAGUGCAGUCCAGACUCUGAAGGCAUCGGCAGUGAGCACCAACAGUGCCAUGGUCUCCUGGAACUCUGUCCCUGGGGCCACCGGCUACAGACUAGCCUGGGGGCCCACUCCAGAGUUUGUGGGUCGGGACCGUCCUAGGCAGCUGGCUCUGAACGGCUCCACCACAGAGCACCUUCUGAAGAACGUGGUCCAUGACACAGAGUAUGUCCUGUCUCUUUACGUCCUGUUUGGAUCGCUGGUGGGUCCCGGCGUCUCAGCUACCUUCCGCACCUCCCCUUUGGGAUAUGUGUCUAACUUCCACGUGACUUCCUACACCAGUACCUCCAUCGACGUGGAGUGGAGUCCCGUCGUGGGGUCCACCGAGUACAAACUCACCUGGAACAUCGAUGGCAACACUCCCCAGUCCCAGUAUUUGGACCGCAGCGUUCUGUUCCACCGCACUGAGGGCCUCAACCCAGAGACAGUCUACAUAGUCAGCAUCCACGCUGUCUACGGCAACACAGAGGGGCCAGAAAUCUCCCUCUCACAGCUCACAGCGUCGGUGACAGAGUCAGAGCUGAUCCAGGCGGUCAAGGAGGUGAAGGUGGUGGAUGUCGGAGUCAACUCCUUCAUACUGACCUGGAGGAGAACACCUGGGGUCACUGGCUACAAGAUCUCCUGGAGCCCCUUCCAUGGUGGCGAUGAGAAGUCCCAGCUAGUCUCUUCCUCCACGACCUCCUUCACCAUCCCUAAGUUACAGGAGAGCUCGGCCUAUAAGAUCCAGGUGGCAUCUAUGGUGGGGGGCCGAGAAGGGAGCCCGUUCCUGGUCACUGCACGCACCUUGGACCUGCCUAAAGUGAACGGCUUCGCAGCGCUGAACACCACAGACAGCAGCACUUCCCUCAACUGGAUCAGAGUUGCCGGGGCUUCUGGGUACCUGCUCUCCUGGAGGCACAUCCUCAGAGAGGCACAGCCAUCUCAGGUCAUCAGGCUGUAA